CUUUCACAAUUUUAUUAUUUUUUAUAGUCAUGACUACCACUUCUGACGAUGAUUAUAUUGAAGAAACUUCUUAUGUGAUAAUGGAUCUAAGUGCGGAUAUGACGGAAGAAGCCAUUUUGAAUCUAGCAGAAGAACAUGGUGGGAUUGCUAUGACGGAUUUGAUGCAGUCACCUAUCUAUUGUCAACUGGGACACCAUACAUUUCGUGGACAACUAGAUGAUCCUGUAGGUUCUUUUUUAUUAUUUGAAAUGGAAGAAAAACAACGAACAGAAGCAUCAGGGUUGAUUCCCAUGUUAUCAAGUAUGCGUACAGAACGGAAUCAAGGACGAUCUACGAAAUGGACAGCCAAAUAUCGAUUUCAAGUCAACAAGGUAAUGAAAACUGAACAAGUGGCCUUGACUGAUAAACAUCAAGUGGAAGACAACCAGGACGAACCAACUGUCAAUCAUAGUGACCAUGAUGAAAAUGCUGAUUUUGCCGAAUAUUUUAGUAGAUAAUUAUUUACUUUUUUAUUGUUUUGUACAUAGCCUUUUUAUUACAUAUAUAUAUAUAUAUAUAUUUAACCUUUGUCAAUAAAAAAAAAAACAAUUAUCUUCCUUGUACA